AUGCAAGAGCUACAGGCACGCUCCACCUCUUUACUCUGCUCUCACAUUCAGCACUUGGCAGACGCGUUCAAAGCCGCUUGCAAUCGGAAGUACCGGUUCUGCAAAGCUUUCUCCUGGAAGGGGCAGUGCAUCCCUCCUGACCAGCAACGUCUGAUAUUUGCGGGCAAACAACUAGAGGAUGGCCGUACACUCUCAGACUACAACAUCCAGAAAGAGUCCACCCUGCAUCUGGUGCUGCGUCUCCGUGGUGGCAUUAUUGAGCCUUCCUUGCGUCGGCUCGCCCAGAAAUACAACUGCGACAAGAUGAUCUGCCGCAAGUGUUAUGCUUGCCUGCAUCCCCGUGCUGUCAAUUGCCGCAAGAAGAAGUGUGGGCACACCAACAACCUGCGCCCCAAGAAGAAGGUCAAAUAA